AUGGCUUCGUCGCAGGAGAAGACCAGUCAGUGGACUGCAGAGCGCGUACGAAAUGAGUUUAUAGGUUAUUUCAAGGAGAGAGGCCACACCUUUGUGCCCUCCUCCUCCGUUGUGCCUCUUUCUGACCCGACUCUGUUGUUUACAAAUGCGGGCAUGAACCAGUAUAAAUCAAUUUUCUUAGGAACAGUUGAUCCGCAAUCAGACUUUGCGCAGCUCAAACGUGCGGUCAAUUCGCAGAAGUGUAUCCGAGCAGGUGGAAAGCACAAUGAUCUUGACGAUGUCGGCAAAGACAACUACCACCACACUUUCUUUGAAAUGCUUGGAAACUGGAGUUUUGGUGACUAUUUCAAGAAAGAAGCGAUCACCUAUUCCUGGGAACUCCUCACCAAAGUAUUCGGCCUCGACCCUUCCAGACUGUACGUUACAUACUUCGAGGGUGACGCAAAAGGAGGCCUCGAGCCAGAUUUGGAGGCGAAAGAAUUAUGGAAGAAAGUCGGCGUUCCGGAGGAUCAUAUUCUUCCAGGUAACAUGAAAGAUAACUUCUGGGAGAUGGGUGACCAGGGUCCAUGUGGUCCUUGCAGCGAGGUACAUUAUGAUCGAAUUGGCGGCCGAAAUGCGGCGUCUCUUGUCAACCAGGAUGAUCCGAAUGUGCUCGAGAUUUGGAACAACGUUUUCAUUCAAUAUAACCGUGAGUCGGAUCGCUCACUAAGACCCUUGCCGAACAAGCAUGUCGACACCGGUAUGGGUUUUGAGCGCCUGGUCUCCGUUCUUCAGGACAAGUCAUCAAACUACGACACUGAUGUUUUCAUGCCGUUGUUCCGCACGAUACAAGAGAUUACAGGUGCUCGCGAAUACCAAGGGCGAUUUGGAGCUGAGGAUGCCGAUGGAGUUGACACUGCCUACCGAGUGGUGGCUGACCACAUCAGAACCCUGACCUUUGCAAUCUCCGACGGUGCAUACCCUAAUAAUGAGGGAAGAGGUUAUGUCAUUCGCCGAGUUCUUCGACGAGGAGCUCGGUAUGCGCGCAAAUAUUUCAACGUGGAGAUUGGCAGCUUUUUCUCCAAGAUCGUUCCCACUCUCGUCGACCAAAUGGGAGGCAUGUUCCCGGAAAUUAAAGAAAAACAGGCCGAUGUCAUCGAGGCCUUGAACGAAGAAGAAGUUUCAUUCUCUAAGACAUUGGACCGUGGCGAGAAACAAUUCGAGAACUACGCUCAACAGGCCAAGUCAAAGGGUCUUAACAAGCUUCAUGGCGCGGAUGUCUGGAGGCUCUACGAUACUUUCGGCUUCCCAGUCGACUUGACUCAGAUCAUGGCAGAGGAGCGCGGUCUCAGCAUUGAUGAAGCCGAAUUUGAAGACGCACGAUUGAAGGCCAAGGAAGCCAGUAAAGGCCAGAAGAAGGCUGCUGCAGAGACUGUGAAACUCGAUGUUCAUGACCUGGGCAAGCUGGAUAACAUGCACGAAGUGCCAAAGACAGAUGACUCGUCGAAAUUCGACUCUCAGAGAAUAGAGUCUGUUGUCAAGGCCAUCUACUAUAGCAAGAGCUUCAUUCAAACCACCGCAGAUGUACCCGAGGGCGAGCAGAUUGGCGUUAUUCUUGAUCGAACCAACUUCUACGCCGAACAAGGUGGCCAAGAAAAUGACACUGGUGCCAUCUAUAUUGAUGGAAAGGCGGAAUUGGAAGUCGGUGAUGUACAGUCAUAUGGUGGCUACGUCCUUCAUACAGGUUUCAUCAAGUACGGAUCUCUCGCCGUUGGGGAUGCUGUUACGAGCGAAUUCGACGACCGCCGUCGCCAACCCAUCAGAAACAACCACACGGGAACUCAUAUCUUGAAUUUUGCAUUGCGAGAGAUCUUGGGAGACGGUAUCAACCAGAAAGGAUCUCUUGUUGCAGCAGAAAAGUUGCGAUUCGAUUUUUCACACAAGGCGGGAGUAUCUGAUAAGGAGCUUGACCAGAUUGAGCGAAAAUCUACGGAAUACAUUCGACAGAAUUGCGGUGUUUACUCGAAAGAGGUGCCUCUAGCCACCGCACGCGAGAUCAGCGGCGUGCGUGCCGUGUUCGGUGAGACGUACCCUGAUCCCGUACGUGUUGUCUCGGUUGGUGUUGAGGUUGAGGAGAUUCUCAAGGACGUUAAAGACCCACGAUGGAACGACAUCAGCAUUGAAUUUUGUGGAGGUACUCACGUUUCAAAGUCUGGCGAAAUUCGAGAGCUCGUUAUUCUUGAGGAGUCUGGUAUUGCAAAGGGCAUUCGAAGAAUCAUCGCAGUGACUGGCGACGAAGCCUUGCAAGCGCAGUUGACCGCCGUGGAGUUCGAAAAGCGCCUUGAAAAGCUUCGAACAAUGGAGCAUGGAACAGCCAAAGAGACCGAGAUGAAACAAGUUCAAUUGGAACUCAAUCAACUCUCAAUCUCUGCUGUUCAGAAGGCCAAGUUCCGAGACUUGUUUGCACGUAUCAACAAGCAGGUCUUGGACGACCAGAAAGCUCAACAGAAAGUUGAGCUGAAGAAAGCUCAGGAUCUUAUCAAGGCAUACUUUGAUGCCGAAGAAAACAAAGGCCGCUCAACUUUCGUUGCCAAACUGCCAGCGACGUCCAAUGCCAAGGUUGUUAGCGAGUCGAUCAACUUCAUCAAGUCGAAGAUGGCUGAUAAGACUGUCUACUUUUUUGCACCGGACCCUAGUGGAAACAAGGUCGCACACGGUUGCCAUGUGUCUAAGGCCGCCAGCGAUCUUGGUCUCGUCCCAAGUGAAUGGGCGAACGCCGUCUCUGGAGCUGUGGGUGGAAAGGCUGGUGGAAAAGCUCCUACAGCCAUUGGCAAUGGGACAAAUCCUGAUAAGGUCGACGAAGGUGUUGCACUUGCCACUGCAUACCUUGAGAAGUUCAAAUUGUAA